AUGUUGAAAGGGUCAUUUAUAGUUAAAAAUUCAUUGCCGUUUGAAUUUGGAGAAUGGGAGAGUGAUGGGGAAGAUGAACAGAGGAAGAGAGUAUUCAUACUUCGAACUUCGGAAGGAGAAAUACUACAUGGAGGAUGCAAUUUUUUCUCUUGGGUCGACCCUCCUAUCUGUGACCGGUCUAAAAAUAUCAUGCCUAAGUUAUUGAGGAAGAUAAAUGCACUGGAAAGAGCAAAUGAAGACUUCAAAUUUGAGAAUUCCAAAUUGGAGGGGAAGGUUGAAAAAUUGCAGAAAAAUGUUGAAAAUUUUCAAGCAUUGAACAAGAAACUUGUCUCCCUUGAUUUGAUAGAAAGCACAAUUGAUGAUGAACUAAACUAUUAA